AUGAAACUCGCAAGGUUCACUGCCAUUGCUGGCCUUGUCGCCUGGGCCAAUGCGCAUGGAUAUCUCACAAUUCCAUUCAGUCGAACCCGUCUGGGUUUUGAGGCUGGAAUUGACACUUGCCCUGAAUGUUCGAUCCUCGAGCCCGUCAGUCCCUGGCCGGAUCUCGAAGGACCUCAAGUAGGCCGAAGUGGACCCUGUGGGUACAACGCCCGAGUCAGCGUCGACUAUAACCAACCCGGAGAACACUGGGGCAACGAAGUCGUCGCAACUUAUACUGCAGGCGACGUAGUAGAAGUCCAGUGGUGUGUCGAUCACAAUGGCGAUCACGGUGGAAUGUUCACUUACGGCAUUUGCCAAGAUCAAGCGCUUGUCGAUCUCUUCCUAACACCUGGUUAUCUUCCCACAAAUGAAGAAAAGCAAGCCGCGGAGGACUGUUUCCUGAAGGGCGAGCUGAAGUGCACAGACGUGGAUGGUCAAAAUUGCGGGUAUAGCCCGGACUGUUCCCCUGGACAGCCAUGCUAUCGCAAUGACUGGUUCACUUGCAACGCAUUCCAGGCCGACUCGAGACGUGGCUGCCAGGGAGUUGAUGGUGCCGCGCUUGGAUCUUGCAAGACAACCAUUGCGGGUGGCUAUACAGUCACUAAGAAGAUCAAGAUCCCCAACUACAACUCUGAUCACACUUUGCUGCGAUUCCGAUGGAACUCUUACCAGACUGGUCAGGCGUAUCUUCACUGCGCUGAUAUUCGCAUUGGGGGUGGUUCGGGCCCUCCUUCUUCCAGCACCACGACUAGCAAAACAAUGACAACUACCACCAAACCAACCACUACUGCAACAUGUGCAGCGGCGACGAGUGUUGCGGUCGUCUUCAACGAGAUUGUCACGACAACGACUGGAACAGACAUCUACCUCGUCGGAUCCAUCAGCCAACUGGGCUCAUGGGACACAUCAUCGGCAAUUGCCCUGUCAGCCGGUUCGUAUACAAAUUCAAACCACCUGUGGACAGGAACGGUCACUCUUCCCGUCGGUACAACCUUCGAGUACAAAUUUAUCAAGAAGACAGGCGGAAGUGUGACUUGGGAGAGCGAUCCUAACAGAAGUUACACCGUGCCCGCUGGAUGCUCUGGCCAAGCUGUAACUGUCGAUGCCAAAUGGAAAUAA